CGAAGAUCACAAGAGAGUCAACUCAUGGAAUACUUUGAUCAAGCAAUAAAUAAGUUCUAACCUCGAUCCGUUCUAAUCCUAAUAAAUACUUUUCUAUCGUCAAUAAUAGAUAUUUGUAAAAUUGUAAUAGUCAUUGACGAGAGAGAAAAAUAAAUUGGUGAUUUUACAUUUGCAAAAAUGACAUCGAAAAUUCUGUGUCGUGGAACAAAUAGAACGUUACGUAGUUGUCUGAUACAUGACAAGUUAAACUUGUCAAAUCCCAGAUGUAAUAAUGCGUCAAUGUCCUCAUUGCCGCCUGACAGUCCGAUGAACGUGUUUGACAGGAGGACGAAGCUGCUGCAGCGCGAACGCGCUGCGAGGAACGUCGAUGUUCACCUGUACGAUUACCUCAAGGAUGAGGUGAGUGACAGGCUGUCCGAUCGGAUAUUCGACAUCAAGCGGAAGUUCGGCAGGGUCCUCGAUCUGGGAUGCGGUCGUGGUCACUUAUCCAAGCGAAUCCUGGAGGAGUCUGUGGAUGAAUUGGUGUUGGCUGAGAUGAGUUCAAGUUUCUUGCAGCAAGCCGAUACUACAAAAGGAGUGAGAGUGAAGAAGGAGGUCAUCGAUGAGGAGAAUCUCUCCUUCGCACCUGACAGCUUCGACAUGGUGAUCAGUUCCCUGAGUCUUCACUGGAUCAAUGAUCUUCCAGGAUGUUUUCGACGUAUCAAUAGCAGUCUAAAAAAUGACGGAGUCUUUCUGGCGGCUGUAUUCGGUGGCGAUACUCUUUACGAGUUGAGAAGUUCCUUGCAAUUAGCUGAACUCGAGAGAAACGGUGGGAUUUCGCCGCAUAUUUCACCUUUUGUAGAAAUUCGAGACAUUGGAUCUCUAUUAACGAGAGCGAAUUUCACAAUGUUGACUAUUGACACUGAUGAAAUAGUCAUUGGUUAUCCAAAUAUGUUUGAACUUAUGUGGGACUUAAAAGGAAUGGCUGAAAAUAAUGCAGCCAGGAAUCGUAACUUGCACUUACCAAGAGAUACAUUGAUUGCAGCAGCAUCCAUAUAUAAAGAACUAUAUGGAAAGACGAAAGAAGAUAACACCGUGUUCGUUCCUGCAACGUUUCAAAUAAUUUAUAUGUUAGGAUGGAAACCAGAUGCAUCUCAACCAAAGCCUCUUGAAAGGGGUACAGGAGAAGUGUCACUCAAGGACUUGUAUAGGCUUAACGAAGUCAUUAAAAGCAGCAAAAAAAUAAAACUAGAUGAUGAAAAAUAGCACAUAUUAGUCUUUAUUAAUUAACGAAUAUAAAUACUCUAAUAUGUACCAUGUGUAAAAUCUUAUGUAUUAUAUGUAUUAUAAAAAUUCUCUUCUAAAUAA